CUGGAUAGGAAACGCAACAGAUAGCCUCAGGUCAUCUACGCCGCGCUACCGGCGAUUGUUUUUCCACCUCUGCCGGGGGUCAUCGCCGAGGCUCAUGGGUAGAUUCACUCACCAGCUCUUCAACUUUUGUCCGCUUAUCGCUCCAAAAAAUCCGAAUUUCCAGUGUUUUUCGCUUGAAAGAUGCCACGCCGAAAGAAAAUGCCAGGUAUUGGCCAGAAAAAGAAGCACUAUAAAAGAAAAUCUUCAAAGGUGACAACUUCAUUGGACAGAGACCACAGCCAUGCUCAAGUGAACCAUCAUAGAACAGAUGAUCAAGUAAUUGUGGAAAGUUCACAAGAUGAGUUUGGUGCUAAAUGGAGUGAAGCCUGGGAUGCCUUCUACCUUGGACAUGGAUCAGGCACUCACAACAACACUUCCACUGAAGAACCAGAAGAAGUUGAUUCAGACUGCAGUUCCGCUAAUAGGUUCCAUGUCAUUUUACAUAAAGUUUUCUGCUAUGAAUCACAUGUGGACUUAGACAAGUUUGUCGAGAAACUAUGGAGGGAUAGAAGGUUUCAGUUAUUUCAAUUUUUGAAGAAUGACAUCAAGAGCCAUACUGAUGCAUUGUCCGACUUCACAAUUUCAAGGAUAACUGAUGAUAACAUCCAGCUUGUCCAACAUUAUCAUGGAGAGUCUCCAACAGUCAAAUUGUGUAUGAACAUAAGAUCAUCAUUAGUUCCCUCUCUGCUUGUACACAAGAUUGUGAUUGACAGAGAACAUGAUAUAUGGACGGAUCUUCCCAAAAUUGUGAUGUCAUUUGGGGACCUUCAGAAGUUCUUUGAUAGACUCCAACUUUGGGAUGUUUGUGUAGGAAAUCAUGAGGAAGAGUUCACCUGUACAAUGCCAAAAUGGAGUUCUUCCUACACAAAGACGAACCAAGUUCUUGCAUACCAUGAAGCCGAUUUCUGUGCGAAGCGAGAUGAUAUUGAGUACCACUCUACCAUUCGAUCAACCAAGUGUUCCAUGUUGACUGUUAGAAAAAGGUGUAGCCAUUGCAGUUUGUAUUAUACAAGUCCGUGGUCACAGUUAGCGCAUUAAGUCUCAUAAGGAUUACAAUCUACCGACCUUCGAUAAACGUUGACAUUUCAUUCAAAUUAUUUAAGGAUAAUCAAGUUUUAAGGUAAGCUCUCACAUAAGGGACUUAUCUUGUGAAGAAGAUAUAUACAAUUCUGGUUGCAAAUUGGACUUUGCUUUGCUGUGAUUACUAAGAUGACGGAAAGAUGAUAAUCCUCCGUGCCAAUUUUGAACAAAUGUCAGUAGGGUCUAUAUGUGAUAAUGUUCUCUGAUGUAGUUUGUUUAUUUUUUUCUUAAUGUAUACUACCGACAGGAAAUAAGGCAACUGAUGAAGAUUUAGUGAAGAAGUAAUGACUAUAAAUGUCUGUAAAAUAAAUGUGUAGAUAAAUAUCUGGUGUGUCCACCAUGUUGGGCGACACAUGCAUGACACCGUGAUGGCAUACUGUUAAUUACAGUAAAAUACGUUUAUAACGAACACGCUUAUAAUGAACUGACGGAUAUAAUAAACUGGCUU